CAACUCUUGCACGUGCUCCUCUGCUUUCCAAUGCUGCGUUACAAACGAGUUACUCAGAGAUCCGGCUGAAUUGUCUGGCUAAAUAAGUUGGUUUACUUUUGGCUCUGAUUGUUUAAACUAUAAAUUUUCUUUGACUGCAUUAUCUGUGCACAAUUAUUUUACUUCGUUGGAGAAAACGUCAACAAGCUUUUCAUUUAUAUUCUCAUCAUAAGUAUGAUUCACGUUUCAGUUGAUUCUGUCGGGUCGUUUAUGAACUGUUGCGCGAAUUCACAACAAAAAACAUAAUUGUUUCAGGAAUCACUGUGGUUUUUUCGACUGCAAAACGAACGCUGUAGAAGGUUCACUCUAAUCUUUUCUAUUUAAGACAGUUGUUACAGCGCCUUUAAACGAGUCGGACAGAAUAUAUUCACAGUUGCUAUUGAUUAUAGAUAAAUAUCAGUUUAUUCGAGAAUUUUUUUAGCAUAAUUUCGGCUACAGGCAAACAACAUGGUAUGCCUUGCAGCUAUUUCAUAACAAACACAACCCAUAGUCUGACAGUUUGAAGAGAGUAAAUUAAAACAUUCAAUUAUUUUCUCCCUUUUGCUGUUCUGACAAAAUCAUUAUCCUUUUGUCAAUUAUUUCAUUUUCGUCUGCCAGAACUUUUCUUCUCAAGCUGACACUAUGAUUAAUUGUUACUACAUCAAAUUGUUUUCAGUGGGACUGAGUUUCAUGUUUAUUUUACUAUUAUUUCGGAAAAGUUUAUUCGAUUUCGACACAAUCGAUGUUAUCGAUUCUCAUAAACUACCAUUUUGCCAAAGAAGUGACCAUUUCAUCACAUUCAAAGACUUGAGUGGUGCUGGGCUACUGCAUAAAGUAGAUGAUUUCUUGGACGCCGCCAGGAUUGCAAUUUUGACCAGUCGAACCCUCAUUGACUAUGUACCCGGAUUAGCUAAAAAACACAUGCGGGAUAAAUACAACCGACCGGUGGAUCUCACCGGAAACGCCUUUGGUUUUAAUUUCGUUCAUGGAUGGGGUUGGUCAAACAUUGCCGACGUCAGUCGAAUGGCUUACACGCUGAAGUUCAAAAAUGGUAGUACGCUGAAAUGUAGACUGCGAAUAAUUGGUGGAAACUCAGUGGACGAACUCAAAGGAAAUAUUCUUUCUAUCGAUUACGGUACACCAGAUAUGACAUUCUUCCGAAUAGAAAAUAUCCAAAGUCACAAAAAAAUAACUAAAGUGUUCAAUUUAAAAGGCGUUAAAGCUCAGUUUUCAGGGAAACCUUUUUCUAAUUUUAUUCAAUUAACUGGAAAUCGGAUCAAGAAGAAAUGUUUUGAGCGCGCUAAAAUCAUCGCCAGAUAUCAUAACAGAAGUUCCAGCUUAAUUCGUCGUUUUCUAACUAUUCAUUUGAGAGGCACUGACAGACCUUGUGCGCUGAAAAAAUUAUCGCCGCAAGAUUUGAUAUCCCGGUUAAUUAAUUUGGGAGUUAAUCGUCUACAUGAUGUGGUUUAUCUAAUGAGUGACCUUGAUCACAACAACAUCCAUCUCAAGUCAAUUAAGAACUUCUUCCGUGAUUUUUAUUUAUUCGAAGCGAAAGAUAUGGACGUUUACGAUCGCGAAGUAUUUGCCCGACAUGCUCCGUUUCUGAUAUAUGCGACUGAAAUUCAUCUACAACAAGUUGCAGAUGGAGUGAUUGAAAGCUACAGAGGACAUAGCAUGGCGAAAAAUGCUCACAUUUUGGGAUAUUUAGAGCCUUGGAGAUGCUUAUCGAGAAAAAUUUACGACAAAGCGUAUAAGAAAAUUAAAACCUACUCUAGACUUUGGCUCAGGAAAGUGAAAUAAAAUAAAUAUGUAAAAUUAAUAACUCUUGCGAUAAGCAAGGGUAUUGCAAUCGGGUACAAAAAUUUUCCCCGUAAAUAACUUUGUUCACAGGGUUAAUCUGCACUCCUGGUGGUGCCUUGCUUCAUAAUGAACUCAAACUUAUUAGUGUUUCCUGCAAACUUAGCCCCGAGGUAACGAAUGCGCAUGAGACGGCAAAGAUCCUGGGUUCGAAUACGAUCACAACCUGUUUUUUCAAACGCGAAAUAUUCUGUUUCAAUUUUAUUGUCGGCCUAAUUUUUGUUUGCUUACGUUUUGUCGGCUUAGUUGCCACAUCUAAGAAUCGAUUUUUUUGCUGCAAACAAUUUUUUAAGUGUUUUAGCAUUUUAAAAUCCGGCCGAAUCGAAAUUUGAAUUUUACAUUGCUUGUGAUUUUACAUUGCUUGUGAACUCGGUUUGUUAAAACUUCGUUUUUUCCCGCUUUUUGUCUUUUUUCGGCUCAAUCGGUUUCGGCUUAUUUUUCAUUAACUUAGUGGCCACUUACCGCGUCGUUUGAUGGAUCGAAACAAUUUUGUGCGCGUGUGUGUGUUCUGAGGAAACUUUUUUCAAAUUUGUCAGGAAUUUUUGUGAAUUUUGUUCGGUAUGAAAGGUUUCGGCUCAGGCAAUUAGUUUUUGUUACCGCUUGAUAAUUUUAGUUCCGAUGCUAAUUUUGCAUUCUAUUGUCUGGGAAUGUUUUUUUUGAAAACAACAUCUUGAUUUGUUUUGAUAGAUCUUAUUGUAUGUAGAGUUAAUAAAUAUCGGUAUUAAUUUUUUUG